AGUAGAGUUUGGAACGUUGAUGCGUUACAACCAUAAAUACGGAGGCUCGACUUUUUCAUAUCGUAUGAAUAUCGUCUCGUACGUCUAGUCGUUACAAUCUUCGACACAGAGAUUUAUACAUUUUUAGUGUGUGCAUUUUCUUUGGGACAAUUUGUAUUUUAAAGCGGUGUUUUAUUUUAUUAACGAUUCUAUCAUCGAAUCGUAGGACUGUUUUGGAAGUGUGAAGCAAAAGACUUUAAUGCGAAUAAAAAAAAACGAAAAAGAAUUGGACAGUUAAAAACAGUGAAUUGAAUUUUGUGUGAAUUGAAAACCGAAAAAAAGAGAACUGAAUGAAUAUAACGAGUUCCUGAUUCCGCGAAUUUCAAGUGGUUUUACAUCGAUUUUCGAGAAAAAAAAAUUCUCAACACUGUUGUUAGAGAGAUUUUGUCGUCGAGAGACCGCGGUGCGCAAAUAAAAGAUGAUCAACAAGUUUUGCAGCAGAAGCAGCACCGUACUUGAAUAAAUUGAGCGAAAAAAACGCACACAGGCCGCACAGUUGAAACAUUGAAUGCGUGUACGGUUUCUCGAAGAAAAAAAACAGAAAAAAUAAAAAAAAAGUGCAGAAAAUCAACAGAGAGUACAAUCGUGUGUAAUUGUCGAUGCAAUUCUGUUCUUUUUUUUCAUUGUGUUUUUAUCGCUUUUCUUUUUCGUGUAUUUUGAUUGUUCAUCCUUCGUGUUCAUUAAACGCUGGUCAUUGUUUUUUCCAUUGACUAUUACAUGCAUGUGAACAAAACGUAGAGUGUAGAACGAACGAGAAAAAACAACAACACACGAAGCGAACCACAACACGAACCGAACUCAAGCAGAACCGAGAGUACUCAGAAAAAGGCACAAGGAGAAUAUAGUGUGUUUGUGUAUAUGUGUUAACAAAAAGAACAACGAAAAUAACUUUGGAAGAGACACAGAACGGAGGAGGAAAGAAAAAAAAAAUUCGCCGAAGAGAACUUGAAACAUUCGGAUAAAAAGUAACAGCGUGUAAAUACUUAUAGCCAGAUUUAAAGCAAUAAAAUCGAAGAACAUAAUCAGCUACAAUAGUGAGCUCACGCAACGCCUAACAAAUAUUACCAAUCAACUUUUAUUCUGCGUACGCUUUAAAAUCAGUGAGCAAACGAAGAAAAAAAAUAAACACACUUCGGUUGAAAUCCAUUGACAGGAAUAUUUGCAGUGAGCGCAAAACGAGAAGUGUCAUAAGCAAUUCAAAUUGUGUACGUGAGUGUUGUUUUCGGGCCAAAUGUGCAAUCAUUACCAUUUUGCCAUUUAAGUGCGGCAAUAAAAACGAGGGGGACAAAAUCGCAUUUAACAAACAAAAAAGAUCAAUGAUUUUAUCAUCGAAUAAAAAUCAUCAUUAAAACAGAGAAAAAAAAAGUCCUCAACACACAUACACACUGAAUUCAGUUCGUGCUGAAAAGCUGUUUUCAAGUUUGCAAUCGACUUGAAAAAUAUGCGAAUAAGUGAAUACACCGAGAGAGAGGGAGAGAGAGACAGAGAGUGUUGUAAUGACUGUUCGAUUGAAUAAAGAAAAUUAAUCCAUUGUCGCGCCGAAAAGUCGAAACAACAAAGAAUUCCAUUAAUCCGGUGUGAAAGUGGUGAAGGGGAAGAGAGAAAGAGAAGUGGCGUGUUAUUGUGUUGCAAUUUUAAAUAGUUUUUAUCCUUAUGCCACUGCUUUUCCAGCUGAUUACGCAGACGGCGAAUCGAAUAAAUUCAGUGCGCCAUUGAACAAUUCGACUGUAAUCGAAUAAAUCACCCGAAACAAAAAAAAACAUUUUUUUUUAGCUCGGGCUCUUGUUCAACAUUCGAUUUUAAUUUUAAAAUUUCUUUUGUUCAUUGAACGAAGGACGACAAGAGGCCACAAAUUUACUUUGAACAAUAAAAAAAGAAGAAGCAGAAACGGGCCAAAGCAAAUUACACUACAUCAAAUACUUGAGUGUGUGUGUUCGAGUGCAUUUUCAAACUCUGAGUUUUUAAUGCAUUCUUUUUGCUUUGGAUAAAGCGAAGAAAAAACAAUUGUCUGCAAAUAACUGUCGUUUUGUUAUUGUUGUUGUAGUUGUGUAAUCAAGUGUUAUUAUUUAAGCCCCUGGAGUGAAGAGACAUACACAGCAGCAGCAGCAGCAGCAGCAACAACAACUGAUGCAAAAGAACAAUCUACAAAAUCAAGUGGUCAAAACCAUUAUAAUUUGCUCGGAAAUAACUGCAUUCGACUAAAGCAAAGAGAGCAAAUCCAUUAAAUGAACUCUGACGUCUGACAAAACAAGAGCAGAGAAAAGCAUUUUUGGAUCAAGUCAGGCAGAGAGAGAAGGAGAAAGAGAACGAGCGUAGCAGAGCAGCAACGAGUUUGAGUGCAUUUCUCUUGGAAAUAUCGCACAAACACCAUCAUCAGCACUUCCCUGCAGAGACCCCAACUCAAAUGACAAUUGAAGCCAAAAGUCAUAUGUGAGAAAUAAUGGCAAAUAUGAAAAAACCACCGCUUAAUUGGGUGGUGAAUGCAACGACCACCAGUUUAGUUAUUUUACUGUUGCAAUUGAUACCGUACGGAAAUGGCGAUUCAUCAUUUGGAACAUUUAGUAACGUUGGUAGUGUUGGCAUUUUUGUGCACGGUACAAAUUUAGCAAACACAGCAGCAUCAACAGCAGUUGGCAGCGCAAAUGGCAUCAUCGGCGGCGGUACCAGCAGCAUCGAUCAAAAAUGUCCACGCGUGUGUACGUGCACCGGCCAAACGGUUGACUGUUCACAUCGGGAUUUACAACAAGUACCACGGCGCAUUCCAUUGGAUGCCGAACGACUAGACUUGCAAGGCAACAACAUCACGGUUAUCUUCGAAAUGGACUUUCAGCAUCUAUCGAAAUUGCGCAUUUUGCAAUUGACAGACAACGAAAUUCACACCAUUGAAAAGGACGCCUUCCAAGAUCUCAUCUCGAUGGAACGACUGCGUCUCAAUAACAAUCGCUUGAAGGCUGUUCCAGAUAAUUUUCUCGGAAACGCAGCAAACCUAUUGCGAUUAGAUUUAUCGCAUAAUCAGUUGCAAAUCAUCGGUCGAAAGACAUUCAAAGGUGCCACAUCGUUGCGUAGUUUGCAGAUAGAUAACAAUGAAAUCACAUGUUUGGAUGAGCAAGCUUUCCGAGGCUUGGGCGAACUGGAGAUUUUGACAUUGAACAAUAACAACAUCACUGCGUUGCCGCGUGAAAUUUUCAGUGGAAUGCCGCGAAUUCGUGCAUUACGCUUAUCGGACAAUCCAUUUACGUGUGAUUGUCACUUGUCGUGGUUGUCGCGGUAUUUGCGUAAUUCACCGCGUCUCGCACCAUACACACGAUGCCAUUCACCCAGCCAGUUGAAAGGUCAAAGUUUGGCUGAACUGCACGAACACGAUUUUAAAUGUUCAGGUUUAACGGAAAAUGCGCCUUUGGAAUGUGGAGGUACGAGUACUUGUCCACAUCCGUGCCGCUGUGCUGACGGAAUUGUCGAUUGCCGCGAGAAAAGUCUAACAAGUGUGCCAUCCGAAUUGCCGGAAGAAACAACUGAACUACGUUUAGAACAGAAUUUCAUUACGGAAAUUACACCGAAAGCAUUUGCAAAUUUCAAGCGAUUGCGUCGCAUCGAUUUAUCCAACAAUAAUAUCUCAAGAAUCGCACACGAUGCAUUCACCGGAUUGAAAUCGUUGACCACACUUGUUUUAUAUGGCAACAAAAUAAAAAAUCUGCCAACAAAUGUGUUCCGUGGAUUAACAUCGUUACAAUUGCUGUUGCUGAAUGCAAACGAAAUCUCGUGCAUUCGAAAGGACUCGUUCAAGGAUUUAACCAGUUUGAGUUUAUUGUCGUUGUACGAUAAUAAUAUUCAAUCGCUAUCAAAUGGAACAUUCGAUUCGAUGAAGAGCAUCCAGACGCUACAUUUGGCACGAAAUCCAUUUAUAUGCGAUUGUAAUUUACGCUGGUUGGCAGAUUAUUUGCAUAAAAAUCCCAUUGAAACGAGUGGAGCACGAUGUGAUGCACCGAAACGCAUGCAUCGAAGACGCAUCGAAGCAUUGAGGGAUGAAAAGUUUAAAUGUAACAAUGAUUAUCGAACACGUGACAUUUCUUGUCGAGUCGAUACCGAGUGCCCUGCUGCCUGUCACUGCGAACGAACUACGGUUGAUUGCUCGGCACGAGGUCUUAAAGAAAUCCCACGGGAUAUACCACUUUACACCACCGAACUAUUAUUGAACGAUAAUGAAUUGGGCCGUAUCAAAUCGGAUGGUUUGUUUGGUCGACUGCCAAAUCUUGUGAAAUUAGAUUUGCGUCGCAAUCAAAUUACCGGCAUCGAACCCAAUGCUUUCGAAGGUGCAUCGAAAAUUCAAGAUAUGCUCAUAUCGGAGAAUAAAAUCACCGAAAUCCAUAAUAAGAUGUUCUUGGGACUGCACAAUCUUAAAUCAUUGUCAUUGUACGAUAACAGCGUUUCGUGUGUUAUGCCCGGCUCAUUUGACUACUUAUCCUCGCUUCACACAUUGAAUCUUGCAUCGAACCCAUUCAACUGUAACUGCCAUUUAGCAUGGUUCUCGGAUUGGUUGCGUAAGCGCGGAUUUUCUGGUGCAAACUGUGCCGCACCAGCUAAAGUUCGUGAUGUUGCAAUUCGUGAUUUGCCACCACAUGAAUUCAAAUGUCUUAGCGAUGCGGACGAAGGUUGCUUGGGCGAAGGCUAUUGCCCACCAACGUGCACAUGCACUGGAACGGUUGUUCGAUGCUCACGAAAUAAACUCAAGGAAAUUCCACGCGGCAUUCCAGCCGAAACAUCGGAAUUGUACUUGGAAUCGAAUGAAAUCUCAAUGAUCCAUCAGGAUCGUAUCAGCCAUUUGAAAUCGUUGACAAGAUUAGAUUUAAGCAACAAUCAAAUAUCAGUUCUAUCAAAUUAUACGUUCGGAAAUUUGACUAAGCUUUCCACAUUGAUCAUAAGUUACAACAAAUUGCAGUGUGUUCAGCGGUACGCUUUGACUGGUUUAAAGAAUCUACGUGUAUUGUCGCUGCAUGGAAAUCAAAUAUCGAUGAUACCUGAAGGCACGUUUUCGGAUUUGCAAGCCAUUACGCACAUUGCAUUGGGAAGCAAUCCAUUGUAUUGUGAUUGUUCGUUGCGUUGGCUAUCGGAUUGGGUGAAGUUGGACUAUGUUGAACCGGGAAUUGCCCGAUGCCAAGAGCCAGAAUCGAUGCGCGACAAAUUGUUGCUAUCAACGCCAUCCAAUCAAUUCCAGUGCAAGACCAAAGUUAGCGAUGAAAUUCUGUCGAAAUGUGAUGCUUGUUUCACAUUCCCAUGCCAGAAUGAGGCCGUGUGCCAAGCACGAGCCGAACGCCAAUAUGAAUGUGUUUGCAAGCCUGGCUAUCAUGGUAAGCAUUGUGAAUUCAUGAUUGACGCUUGCUAUGGAAAUCCAUGCCGAAACGGAACGUGCACCGUGCUCGAAGAAGGCCGUUUCAGUUGUAAUUGCAUGGCUGGCUAUACUGGUUCACGCUGUGAAAUGAACAUUGACGAUUGCAGCGAAAACAAAUGCGAAAACAAUAGCACAUGCAUCGAUGGUGUGGAAUCGUAUACGUGCCAGUGUCCAUCCGGAUUCUCGGGACAAUAUUGUGAAACGAAAAUACCAUUCUGUACGGAAUUCAAUCCAUGUAAGAAUGGCGCUAAAUGCAUUGACCAUUUCACACAUUAUUCGUGCGAAUGUGCACCAGGCUAUCGAGGGGCCAAUUGCACUGAAGAUAUCGACGAUUGCCAAAAUCACAUGUGCCAAAAUGGUGGAAUUUGCGUGGAUGGCAUCAAUGAUUAUAUUUGCAAGUGUCCAGAUGAAUACACUGGCAAAUUCUGUGAGGGAACACCGAUGGUCGCCAUGAUGUAUCCACAAACAUCACCAUGUCAACAUCACGAAUGUAAGCAUGGUGUUUGCUUUGUACCGAAUCCACUUUCAUCCGAAUACAUUUGCAAGUGUGUACCUGGCUACUCGGGCAAGCGAUGCGAAUAUUUGACCAGCAUUAGCUUCGUCCAGAAUAAUUCAUUCGUUGAAAUGGAACCGCUUCGAACCAAACCAGAAGCAAAUGUCACGAUUAUUUUCAGUAGCUCACAACAAAAUGGGGUACUGUUGUACGAUGGCCAAAAUGAGCAUUUGGCCGUUGAGCUUUUCAACGGCAGAAUCCGAGUGAGCUAUGACGUUGGCAAUCACCCAGUUUCAACAAUGUACUCGUUUGAGAUGGUGGCCGAUGGAAAAUAUCACAUGGUCGAAUUGCUUGCAAUCAAGAAGAACUUUACGUUGCGUGUUGACCGUGGAUUGGCUCGAUCGAUCAUAAACGAGGGUAGCAAGGAUUACUUGAAACUAUCGACACCGCUAUUUGUGGGUGGAUUACCAAUGGAAUCCGGGCAGCAAGCGUACAAAAACUGGCAUUUACGUAAUUUAACCAGUUUUAAGGGAUGCAUGAAAGAGGUUUGGAUCAAUCACAAGCAAGUCGAUUUUGGUAAUGCGGCCAGACAACAGAAGGUGACACCGGGCUGUGCACUACUUGACUCCGAUUCCGAUAGCAACGAACAAGAGGAAAUGGAGGUGAUGCAAGAGACACAACAUGUGGUCAGAGAAGAGGUUGACCCAUGCAGCGAGCAUAAGUGUCGUCGUGGUAGCAUUUGUGUUGCAAAUAGCAAUGCAAAAGAGGGCUACUCAUGCCGAUGCAAAAUCGGAACGCGUGGAAAGUAUUGUGAGCAAGGUGAGGGAUCCACACCGAGCAAUCCCAUCACUGCAACAACGUCAACAUGCCGCAAAGAGCAGGUUCGCGAGUACUACACCGAGAACAAUUGCCGUUCGAGACAGCCGCUCAAGUACGCAAAAUGUGUUGGUGGAUGCGGUAACCAAUGUUGUACAGCAAACAUAACACGUCGCCGAAAGGUUCGAAUGGUGUGCGCCAACAACGCAAAAUAUGUUAAGACAUUGAACAUAGUACGGAAAUGCAGUUGCAGCAAGAAAUGCAACUGACUGCACGAUGCGGCUACCCAAAAUGAAAAGAGUGAGUCGAAUAUCGGCUCGAUCUCAGUGCGAGCAGAUAAACGAGAAGAUGAAGAAACAGAAAAAGAAAAACAAACAGAAGAAAACAUUGAUUCAAUGAAACAAACAAAUAGUUAUACAUAUAAUAGUUUUAGUAGUAGUGGUAACCUAAACAUCGAUUAUGAAUACGAAUCGCAUACGAAAAUCGAUUCAAAAAAGACAAUUAGUAACGGUAAUAACAAAGAUAACAAUAAUAAUGACGAUGGUGAUGGUGAUGGUGAUGUUGAUGAUGACGAUGAGGUGGUAAAAGAGUCAACAACCGAAUAUAAACAACCAAUUGAAACGACCGAACAGAGACAAAUCGAAACGACCGAGCACAUCGAGCCCCUCGAUCAUAUCGAAGUUGAUCAAUUGUAUAUGGACGAUGGUGCGGCGACCGAAGAGAAAACACCAAGUACCGAAGAUUUUCACGACGACGAACCAGACGGUGAUGAUUCGGUACGAUUGGGAAUGUUACGCAGUCGUACAUUCUUCCCCGACGAUGAGGACGACGACGACGAUGAUGAUGAUGAAAAGUCGGGUGGUCGCGUUGAGCAUAGUGGCGGCGGCGGAAUUGACAAAUAUGGCGAUUAUGAAAAUGAUAACGCGCAAAAUCGUGAUCGUUCCGAUCGACUAUAUAAACAUAAAAAUAGCUUUAGCGAUGAUAAGGGUAAAACGCAUGAAAAUGACGAUUUCGAUCGACAUCCAUAUCAAUCGAGCAAAUCAGACACAAAAGAUGCCAUCAAAAUAAUAUCCACACCGUUGGGCAAAGUGUCGAUUAUUUAUCAAUCGAAUACAAACAACAAUAACAACAGCAGCACUGCCACUGCCAAUAGCAAUGAUGGUAAAUUAAAAUCGUUUGAUAAUUCGAAUCAAAAUAGCAUGAAUAAAUUUAAAAAUUUCUAUAGUCACAAUAUUAAUGCCGGUGCUAAACAAAAUGCCACCGCUGCCAAUUCGCAUCGAACGAUCAAAAAUCAACAUCAUCGACACAAUCAUCAUUAUCAUCAACAGUCCGCCUCCAUACCGGCUGUAAACGGUGCCAUAGAUACGGCAGCAUCAAAAGUCCGAACAAAUCCGAUCAAUGACAAAACAAAAUUACUUCAAAAGCAAAUUACGCCCGUGCUGACGGCCGACGGUAAAGUGGCCCUACUUUAUCGAGGCGGUCAAGAUACAAAUACUCCGCAUAAAAUUGAAGUGGGCAAAAACCUUACCGAUUUCACACAAAGUGUAAACAGUCAAGAGAGUGUAAUUAGUGGCAAAAUGAAUUAUAAUAUUGUCAGCGAAAAUGAACCAAAGCUUCCGGAUGGCAUACCACCACUUGAAGCGAUCGCCAAUCAAACGGACAAAGUGGUUGGCACCAGAAAUAUGGAAAAAUUGGCGGUGAUUGUAGCUGCUGAAACGACAACAACUACAACACGCACCAAACUCACAACAUUCACACCAGUUGCGAAUACCGAACGGCCCGUUCUCAAACUGUUUAAAUCCAGUGAGAACACAAGUCGCAAUGCGAACGAAGAGGAAAAUUCCAUUUUGCCAAAUAUUAAUCGACCACCAUCCGAAGUGUUGGGCAUUAAAAAGAAUCAAUUCACACAGUUCCGUAUCACGGACAUGAUUGCAACAGCCACACCAACGCUCACCAAUCAAGAUGUCACCGAAAAAACGCCCGUGUCAUACGGCAAUGAAGUUCCAAAAGCGAUCGAUUCGUUGAAUAACGAACACGAUUCGCAUGGGCCAGAUGGAGGUGGCGGUGGAUUUGGUUCAAACAUUGACUAUGAUUACAAUGCAAAUCGUGAGAUUGGUUACAAUGGACCGAAUCAUUUUGCCACACCAUCGGUUGAUUUUGCCGCCACAUCACAUGGAUUCGAUGAUUCGACCACCAUUUCAGAUGUUCUAUCGAAAGCCGAAGUGGUCAAUUUGGCCAUAAUACCGGCGUUUGAAGGUGAUUUACAUCGUUUCCAUGAACAACAACAGAACGAUGUAUCCAAUGACAAUAAUCCAUAUUUCAAUAUGAUGGAUCGUGAUGACGGUGGCAGCGAAGCGGCUGUGGCUGGCAAACAGCACAAGCAUCGACAUCAUAAAAUGCAAGAUUUAUCGGCCUUACAUUGUGCGAUGCAAGCAUUGGUUGCCAUUGCCGCACUGGCCACCGUAUUCGGUAUGCUGGGCGCCUAUUUCAAGCAACGAAUCUUGGAUCAGCUCACCAUAAUGCAUUGGUGAGAAUUAAUGGGUAUUCGAUUUUGGAUCGCACUCAAUCGACGGAGUGGCAUGUUCGUUUAAAUUGCUUGCAAUCAAUGCAAACGAUUUAAACACGAUCUUAUGUUUGGAUAAAUGAGAAUUUUAUCGAUUUCUUUUUUUUUCGUAUGGUCGAUUCCGAUUUGAACUGAUCGAAAUUUUUGAUUAUGUGGAGAAAAAAUCGACUAAAUAAUUCGACAUUUGCGUGAUGAUCGUAAAGUAACAUGCGAAAUGCGACACUUUUCGCAGCUGAUAACUCGAUUCUGGUUGAGAUUGAAUGUAGAAUCGACUUUUGAAUCGGAUCUAUAGUUCAAUUUAGGUCCCAUUCAAUAGUUGAAUUCAACUUGAAUUCAAUUUUUUCUGGAUUUUUUCAUUUUAAAAUUUUCGACUCAUCGAAUUUUUUGUUCAAAUUCCAUCCAAAUGAAAAAAAAAUCCAGUUGAUCAAACCGAAUCGAAUUCAGUUGUCCGUUGGGCGGAAAGUGCCAUUUCCGGGAAAUCCAGGUACACAAAUCGAGUACCCAGUCAAAUAAACCUAUUAAACAUAAACAAACAAAAAAAACAAUUUAAUAAUCUAAUUUAAGAUGUUUAAAACAAAUAACUUAAACGUAUAUGUUUGAAAUUCAUUUUAAAUGUGCAUUAAAUUUCUGUUGAACCAUUUGAAAGAGAGAGA